AUGAAAUACGCAACAAUAAAAAAAGCACUGAAUACAACUUAUUGUCUUAUUUAUCUUAGAAUGAGCCAAAUUGCAUCUAAAAUGAUGUGGGAAGAACGCUUAGAUGGUGCUGAAAAAAAUUCAGCAAAUUGCACCAAGAAUCUUGUUACUAGUUCAAGUUCAAUUAACAGUGAAAAAACAACACUAUCAAACCUCGAACUAAAAAAUAUUAAUAUAACGAUAGUACGUAAAGAUGAUGAUUUGGAAAUUUAUGAAAGCAAUAAAAAUGAAGAUAUUAUAAAAAUUAUGAUAUUAAUAAAAAUAAUGAUAUUAUAA